GCCUUCAAUAUUAAACCCGAACCGGGUCCAAAAGCGACCGGAAUCGAGGCCAUAGGACACCCGGAAGUCAACAAACCCCCAAAUUGCAAUGAGGUCAGACUGAUUGCAUUCAUCCAGUGGGAAAACGGAAACAGAAAAGAGGGAAAAACACACCAACUCAAUUGAAUAUUAAUAGUUGAGGUGGAUUUCAAAUUCCCAUCUUCCUUCUUCCUUCCUCUGACCAACGAGCCUUAUGCAGAGUGCAGUUUCCUUUUUCAUCAAGAAAUAGGGCUCUAUAUUUUUACCGGAUGCCAUCUGCUUCAGUAUUCAUAUUAUUGGCUCAUCAAUUCCAAUCGAAGAAUUUGUAUCCGAUCUGGGUUUUUGCUCAAGGAGUCUAAGAAGGGAUGGUAUUGCCUUUAUUGAAGCUUGGGACGCUUGCUCUCAAGACUAUCAGUAAACCCAUUGCUACUAGGCUCAAGGUUGAGGCUGGAAGACAUCCCAAGUUCCGCAAUUUAAUUGUCAGAAUGGCCCAGUCAAACCAUCGAAUAACAACACAAAUGCAAAGACGAAUCUACGGUCAUGCAACCGACGUUGAAAUUCGACCAUUAAAUGAGGAGAAAGCUGUUCAAGCUGCCGCUGAUCUUCUAGGAGAAAUAUUCGUCUUCACUGUUGCUGGAGUUGCUGUGAUAUUUGAGGUUCAAAGAAGUUCCCGGUCAGAGGCUAAAAAAGAGGAGCUUCGCAGACAAGAAAUGGAGGUAAAUAUUGUCUUCCUGAGGCAACAACACCCCCAACCCCCAAGUUUGUCAUGGAUUAGCUUGGUAUCUGUUUCUAGAACUUGCUGCGGUGACUUGGCAUUAUUCCCUCAAUGUUUAUUAUAUCUGGCAUGUCCAACUUUGUAAUCCGCAGAAUCUUUGGCGUAUGGUAUUGGGAUGUAUAUUUAUAUCGUUAUGGGCGUAGUCAAAUCUGAACAUGUGAUACAUAGGGCAAGCAAUUUUCCCCCUUCCCUCUCUAUGCUAUUUCGGUUGUUCAAAUUGUGGUUUACGGGCUUUACGUAUUCAACAACUACGUCUUGUUCUGUUAUAUGGGCCAGUCACUAAUCAUUUAUAGAGUUUGUUCUGAUAAAACCCACAGAUUAAUGCACUUUUAAAUGUCUCCAUGUCUUUCCUCACACAAUUUAUCUUGAGUGAUUGAAUUUUGGCUUAGAAAGGUUAGAUUUCAACUGUAAAUUUGUGGAUUUUAGGAGAUGAGGCAACGAGAUGAAGACCUGGCACGAGAGGUGGAGCUUUUGAAAAAGAAGCUGCAAGAGCUUGAGCAGCUAGCUCAGAAACGCGGACUUGCUGGUGUUCUUGGCUUUCGAAAUGCUCGUACUGAAGAAAGCAAAGCAGGGGCAUCAUCAUAACAUUGUUUUUUACUAUAUUUCUUCACAAAUAAUGCAUUUCAUUCUGAUUCAUUCUUUUCCUUGAUUUGAUCUCGAGUCAGCAGUUUUGUCAAGUGCUUGUUUUAUGUGUAUAUAUAAGCUGGCCAUUUCAAGGACUUAUCACUGUGCUGAAAGUAAACCUGAAAGACCAGGCCCCCUUUUUCAGUUGUAAGUUUAAGCAUUGUGAUCACAGUUAGCAUCAGGCCGACAGAGAAGAGGAGGAAUGAUGGGGGAAGCCUAUCCAGUUAUUAGGCGUAGGUUUGCCAUGCCCUAUUGAAGAUACUACUGCCGGAACGCUUUAUUUGAAGACCAUGAUGGUGCAAAGACAUUCAGGGCUAUCAUACCCUACCCAACUCAACGGAAGGUGAAGAAUCUUAUUCAAUCUUCACUUCUAAUCAUUUCUGGUCCCGAGUUAUUGGGGUUGAUUUUUUGAAUAAAGGUUGAUUCCACAUAUUGGGUUAUUAGCGGCAAUAACUUGUUUGUGGGUGAAUGAAAUGCCAUUUGGUAGUCAGUUUUGCUCCCAGUUUAUGGUGUGAACGUCUCUGAAGUCUGAAGCCAGUGCCAAAUUACAUACUGCACUUCUUUUAAUCCUGUUUCCUUAACAAUGAUCACACAAUUUGUGUUCCAAGGCUUUAGCUUUUGACUCAUAGGUCCCGAAACAGGGAAAGGUUUGUUUGGAGUUUUCUACUUUAAGAUGUCAACAGAAUCUGUACUGUAAUCCAGUAAAUGCUCCUUUAUCUUCAAAAAGACAUCAAAAUUCACAAAGAUUGGUCUUUGGACGGCAAACUUUGAUGCUCUUUUUUUGCCCACUAUUCCCACCUCAAAGGGGCAUCAAACAUUUGGGAACAGAAUCUCUUUGAUGGUAGUGGGUGUUGUUGCUCUUUAUGCUUUUCUUGCUCUGGUCAUCUUUAUCUCUCUCUCUCUCUCUCGCUUUUUUUUUUUUAUUUUUUUUUUCCCCCCCCAAUCUAAAUGGCCAUUUUCGAAGGGAUAGGUCAGGCUUGUUCAUUCGGCGCUCAACGUCAAAAGAAGCAAAUUUUUUUCAGCAUGGUUUCUCUUUGAAGGAAUUUGGCGAUCUUAAUCAAUUCUGAUUAACACUUUAUAUGAUCUAACUGUCUCCCGAAAUCAUAUACAGUAUCAAGGACUAAACUUCCCAAUAUCUGCUGCUUGGAGAGGCCAAUUUUUUUUUUUUAUUUUCCUUUCUUCCAAGUAUUAUAAUUAAUAAAAAAGGGAACAAGUGCAGUAACUCGAGUUCUUUUUCUAGAAUCUAAUAACUUUGAUCUUCUUCUUUUAUUUUUUCCGAUUAAAAAUUUGUGAAUCUCAAUUCUCAAAUAUAACACGUGAAACCGUGAUGGCAUGAUCCGUAAAAAUACAGAGUUACCUGGUUUCCUAGUUUGACAUCUAAUGUUCUAGACAUAGUAUAGGAAAUUUCACAGAAAACCACCACAUAUUGUACUGUGUGUGUAAUAUUGUUAUGAUAUUAUACAAAUUAUUAUAUGGUUCUUCACAUUUUGACAUGCACGCUCUUUAGUUCUUAUUGUCACCAGUUUUACGUUAAGAUUGUGCUAUUUUGGUCAUUCAUUAGAAUUUUAUUCAUUUAUUGUUAAAUCGACUUUAGGAG